ACGAUUUUGCUAUACGGUUCCUGUAUCAGGUUUUUGGUUAAAAAAAACAAAAACGGAUUCCUCAAAACCUGUAUCAAAACAUAUAUACAAAUUUUUAUCUGUAUACGGUUGAAAACCGUAUACGGUUUGAAAAAUGAUGUCCGGUUGCAUCCGUUUUUUAAGAAAAAAAACGUAUACGUUUUGAACUUUUCACUCCAUUAUGAAUAAAGUUUCACUUGUUUGAUUGAAAUUCCAAAAAAAAUAAAAUGUGGAAAGUCAAAAACCGUAUGGUGAUAGCUGGAUGGAACCGUACGCAACAUACAGGGUAAAUGUCCGCAGGACCCUUGGGAUGAGAGCACCAUUGAGCUCUUCCUUCAUGAGCUGGCCGUCAUGGACAGUAAUAAUUUCCUUGGAAAUUGUGGCGUAGGGGAGCGAGAAGGAAGAGUGGCUUGUGGCUUGGUUUCCCGAAGACAUUAUCGACUUAUACAUGGAAUAGGAAGGUCAGGGGAUAUAUCUGCUGUGCAACCCAAAGCUGCGGGCUCAAGUCUCCUCAAUAAACUAACCAAUUCCCUCAUGCUGGAUGUUCUCCGGACUGCAGGUGUGCGAACUGCAGCCAGCUGCUUUGUUGUUCCUAUGGCAACUGGAAUGAGUUUAACUCUUUGCUUCCUGACGCUCCGCCAUAAAAGGCCGAAAGCAAAAUACAUAAUUUGGCCUCGGAUAGACCAGAAGUCGUGCUUCAAGUCAAUGAUCACUGCAGGUUUUGAGCCAGUGGUGAUUGAGAAUGUUCUGGAAGGGGAUGAAUUGCGCACUGAUCUGAAUGCUGUAGAAUCCCGAAUCGCUGAGCUGGGAGCUGAGAAUAUCCUGUGUAUUCAUUCAACUACAUCGUGUUUUGCCCCUCGUGUACCUGACAGACUGGAGGAACUGGCAGAGAUCUGUGCCAAAUAUGAUAUCCCUCACAUAGUCAACAAUGCUUAUGGUGUCCAGUCUUCAAAAUGUAUGCAUCUCAUCCAGCAGGGCGCCCGCAAGGGCAGGAUUGAUGCUUUUGUGCAGAGUUUAGACAAGAACUUCAUGGUUCCUGUUGGUGGCGCUGUUGUAGCAGGCUUUAAUGAGUCUUUCCUUGAAGAAAUUAGCAAAAUGUAUCCUGGGAGAGCGUCAGCCUCUCCAUCUCUGGAUGUCCUGAUAACACUGCUGUCACUUGGGGCAAGUGGAUAUAAGAAUCUAUUGACAGAAAGGAAGGAGUUAUUCACAUACCUUGCCAAUGAACUGAAGGCCUUGGCGACAAAACAUAAUGAAAGGUUACUAGAUACCCCACAUAAUCCCAUUUCACUAGCUAUGUCUUUGAAGAAUCUGAGUGAGAAGGACGGUCAAGCCAUCACCCAGCUUGGUUCUAUGCUCUUCACAAGACAAGUGUCCGGUGGCAGGGUUGUGCCACUUGGAACAUCACAAACAGUGAGCGGAUAUGUCUUUAAGGGCUUUAUGUCCCACAGCAAUGACUAUCCAUGCGCUUACCUGAAUGCAGCAUCAGCCAUUGGUAUUAAAAAGCAAGAUAUUGACCUGUUCAUCAAAAGACUGGACAAAUGCCUCAGGCAAUGCAAGAAAGGGAAACACUCGGAGAUUGAUGCUUCAGGUUCUGGACAAAUGCCUCAGGCAAUUGCAACACUGGAGGAAGAUGUUACAGAAUUAACCAAAGAUUUUACAGCUUCUGUGCAGGUAGAAGCUGAGGCCUAACACUAUAUAAAAGCUGAAGAUCUAGACGGAAUCUCUGCAAUGCAGUUGGCUGCAUCCACACUUGUCAUGAGUUAUGUGUAGAAGGCUUUUAAGAGUGCUAAAUCUCCUUAUUUUAGAACCUAUAUAAUUUGGAUAAAAAAGAGGCACUUUC